UUUUUCAUUUCAACUUUUCUUCCAGGUGGCAAAACUUGUGAUCAGCUGGUGAAGAUUAUUUACAAGUUUUGAUUAUUGCCAUUGCCUGUAUUACUUAUUUUCAGUUCAAAUUAACCCUUUCCUGUGCAAUGGAACUCGUAUAGUUGAUUAAUUAUUCAAUUUUAAACUAACCUCGAUAACUACUCAUACAUGAAAUUAUCUUCUCAAACUGAUAAAUUCAAAGCGUUUUGUAUUGAUUGAAAGAUGCCUCACGUGAAACAAGUUCACUCGUUGUAUUUCCAAUGUUUAAAUUGUAUCUUCGAAAGUCUCUACGAAGUGGUUUCAAAUGGCGUGGAUUCAAAAACACUCGAACGUAUGAGAAAACACUUUGUCACAAAUCUUCAUGGAGGAAUUAGAGAACAUAUUUUAAAAUUAGCUGUGCUCAAAGACAAAAAUCGUAUCCACGUUCUACUUCAGUUAAUCAACUUAUUAAUUGACUCCAGUGUUGGGUAUCUGUGUCCAGUUUCUGGAACCGGUUAUCUGUUAGCUGAUCAUUAUUCAACUCUAAUACAUCAUCUAAGAAAUAGAGAAUGUACAGGAUUGAAAUCUUUAUAUAUCAAGGUUGGACACGAUCGUCCAAAAAACAAAGAAGAAGAAAUCAUUUCGAAAGCGAAUAAAUUAUUUUAUUCUUUAUUAGUAAAAGGAUUAGCGAAAAAUUUGACCGUAUUAGUCUUAGAAACAUGCUGCGAUAACGAAAUACUCAAAUUAUUAGGACAAAAUUGUAUGCAUUUGACAAAACUCAACGUCACUAAUUCGUGGUCCGUUAACGAUAACGGAUGUAAAUAUUUAUGUCUUAAGGAUCCAGAUUGUAUUCCGGAUAUCGUUGAAGGAGAUACACAUACACCUCAACUCUUGCUGAAUAUGAUGUCGAUGAAACCGGAGACUCUAAACCAGUGUUGUUUUACAUUAUGCGAUAUCAGAAUACAGGAUACGAAUACUUCGGAUAUCGCUGUAUUAAUGCUAUUAAUUUUCAUUAGAAAUUUAAAAACCUUGGGAGGUUUUAUUUAUUUUAGGAGUGUCGGCGAUAAUAUUGUAUAUUUGUCUCGAUUAGCUCAAGAGAAACUAAAAUUAAAUCUAACCGAAUUGUGGGAUACGCAUUUAACGGAUUCUAAACUUCAGCAUUUAUCAGCUGUGUUGCCUAAUUUAUCUUCGAUUUAUACCAGAUGCAUGCAUUUACAGUUGGUUACAAGAUUCUCUAAAUUAAGCGAGAUAAUCAUCGAUUUUGAUUUUAAUCAUUACGAAGAUGUAUUUUUUAAUUUCCUCGCGUCGAGCGGAAAACAACUGAGAACAAUUACGUUAAAAGAUCAGGCGGGAUAUAUUGAUCUUCCUAAAAUAUUAGAAUCAUGCCCAAAUUUAAUCGAAAUUAAUUGCGCAGUUAAAAUGGACAGUGCUGCGAAAAGUAUUCAGGCUCUGCGUUUGAUCAAAGCCAAUAUUAAAACCACCGAAAUCGAUGUAGUGGAAUGGAUAUUUGAUCAUACACCAAAUUUGGAGCAUUUUGAGGUCGAACUAAAUUAUCACAGAGAAUUCUUUACUAAUUACACUGUAGUAUUUGAUAAUGGUUGGUUGAAAGAUUUGAUAGAAAGAAAACCACAAUCUUUGAAUUCGUUAAAAUAUUUCAUACUGAAUAGUUCUGAAUCUCGAACUUUCAAGCAGAAAACAGUUUUAAAAUUCAUCUUGGAGUGCCAAAAAUUGAAACACGUCGGAGAUUUUCAUACGUGGGCUGUUCCAAUAAAAGGGUUGAAUGGAUUACGAUCCGCUUUGAAAGAUAGGAACCUUGAUGUGAAUAUUCUUUAUAAAAGUGAUCUCGUGCCUUAUAUCACAAUGCAAAAUAUAAAAGAAUUCAAUGCUCUCAAGGAUCCGUAUAAAUCGUACAAAAUGCUAUGAGCCAUUUAAAUUUAACACAUUGUUAGCAUUUUUCAGUACGAAUAUGAUAGCCUCAAGAAAAAUGAUUCUAAGCUCCCUAUAAAUAUGACAAAAUGUAAAUUUUUCAAUUACAUUUAUAUUUUAAACGCAUUUUUCCCUUGUGCUACUCCCUUUCAACCAAAGCAGACUUAGAAUUCAUUUCUACGUUAGUGUGUUCUUUUAAAGCAACAUUUAAAUUAGUAUUUUUUUAAUUACUAAAAGCAAUCUAAUCUUCGAAAAAAAAUUAGACUUUUUCUCUGAAAAGCUGAGCUUUUUUGAGUUGACCUUUAUUUUUAGUAGUUUUUUAUUUCAAGAAGUAGCUGUUGGCUAAAAUUCUUGUAGGUGAAAAGUAAUAGAUAAUCAUAGAUCUCAUUUUUGUAAAAAAAUAUUUUGAUAGAAAUUACGAAACACUUAACAAUGAAUUUUUUUAAUGGUAUUAAUGAAACAAAGAUCUCAUGGAAUUUAUUUUCGCAUCGACAUUUUUAUUUAUUUAUUAAAUCUUUCACCUAUUUUAGAUGAUAAUUUUUCAUCAUCAACUUUUACAGCCGAAUCUCACAUUGAGUAGGGUUGAAGAAUACUUUCGUUUAUUAACGGUGCUGUUUCUUUUCUUUUUUGAAAAAAAAUUGAUAAUUUUCAAUGUGUUUCGGAUUAGUUUAAUUUCUAUAAUAUUUUUUUCUUUUUUAAUUGUAAAGAUGUGCCUGCAUUCGUAUUGAAGUGGCCUUAAAAUAUUUUUUAAUUUGCAUUUCCUUUGAACGCUUUUUAAAAGCUGAGAAGUUGCCUUAUUUGAAUGUAUUACCUUUUAUUUAUUUUUCCUAUGUAAAUACUUGUUUUUUUCUUUCAUUUUUAUUAGUUUUUAGUAAAUUUAGUUAUGUAUAGUUUUAAUCGAAUUUUACAAAGACUGAAUUUAAAAUAAGUGAUAUUUUUGUCUAUUAUGUUUAUAUUUUUGGUUAACGUAAUACUUUUAUGUUUUUUCAUGUUAUAGGUAUUUAUAAUUAUUGAUAAUUAUUUUUGUUAAGUAGGUUUAUAAAGGACAUUUUUAGUUAAGUGUUUAUAUUCUUGAAAUUGUUGUAUUUAAUUGUACAAUUUACUAUUACCUAACUUUUUUCUUUUUUCAUUUUACUUCUUUUUUUUUUGUAGAAUUUUAAAUUUUAAUCCAGUAUAUUACAAUUUUGCAAGAG